GGUUCCGGGGUAGUAAAUGGUGGGGAAAGGCACAUCUCCUGUCGUCAAUUAAAUUAAAUAGUAAAUAUAAUAUUGCUACUGUACCGAAGUAUCCUAACAAUGGAAAUAUAUUAUAUUUCUAUGAGCCUAACACAGAAAUAGUUAGAGGACGCAACAUUGUGUCUGUCAAAUUAUGGAAAACAACUUUCACAGCAGUGGAUUUAGCACCUCAGAACCCGUAUGACCUUACAAGUGACGUCAAAAAUGUUGUCCCAUUAGCGAAGAAGGUGAAGAGGGGGGUGAAAGUGAUGCGGGCUAAUUUUGCAGUUCAUUCACCCCAUCCACUAAUGGUCCACUAAUUUAGGAGAGUAGGCUAGUCUAGAUUAUUAUUGUCUGUAAACAUUCUUUAAACCCAGUGUAAUAAAACACAUUGUAUAAAUAAUGUAUACUCAUUCAACCCUUUAUUUUGAUCUACUAACGAAGUCUGUGAUUAGUUUCCAGCGGUGAGUUAAGGUGAAGACACUUAAAGGCAAUCAUCAUGAGUCGCAGCCCAGAAAGGAUGUCUUCUUACUGCCGCCACUUCGAGGGCCCCCUCGCCGCCUCCUCUUCCUACCAGGUGCAGAUCUCAAGCCCCUCGCCAACUUGUGAUGCUGUGGGGAGACGCAUGACAGAAGAGACACAUCUGGAGCGUAUUGAGGGGCUGAAGCUGGAGAUGAAGGUGAUGAAGGAGAAGAUAGCUCUGCUGCUGAGGGAGUACCAGGAGCUGCUCAACAUCAAGAUGGCCCUGGAGAAUGAGAUCACCACCUACAGGGCUCUGAUCGAGGGCAGGACACCAGUCUCAAUACCAUGGCACAGAGCAUGUCUCUGGGUGGAGGAAGAGGGGGCAUGGCCAUCAGUGCUAGCAUGAGUGCUUGCUCCGCCUCUGCCUCCGUUAGUGCCUCUGGGAAUGGGUAUGGUGCUGGGCAGAGUCCCCAGUAAUGGACAUAACGGAAACACCAAAGAGGCCCCUGUCGGGGCAGUGGAGGUGAAAUCAACAGAGAGCUAUGAGGAACAGUCAGUGGAGAUGACUGAGCGGAAGACUCUUCUCAUCAGGUAGAGCAAGCCUGGGUCAUAACCUAUGAUCUAUCGAUAAAAUAUGAAAUACCGGUCAUUUUUGUCAUCUGAAAAUAUGCUAAUUGUGUACAUUUUUGUAUACAUUUGUAUAUUUGUGUCACCCAGUAUCAUUUUCAAAACACUUUUGUCCUGGCCUUUUAACUCAGAACAGUUAAGACAGAAGACAUGUAUGAGAGUGACAAACAGGAAUGCACCAUCUCCAUCUCCGGAGCUGCUGACGACACAGACGAGGAUUAGAAUGUUAGACCAAUACCCUUUAGACCUAAGCCCUAGCGCUUCCACCCACAAAUGUAUUCUACACCAACCCCCUCGGAUAAUGGUCUUCAGGAUCAGGACGCCUAUGGUCCUCUUCUGUGUGUCUCUGGCUGCACUAAACUCUCUGAGCCUCACACUGCCUUUCUGUUAGCCUUUAACUUCCCUGUGUCUUAGAACCAGCUCUCUAUAUAAGCAACAACAACAAAAACACACAAAAAAAGCCAUUACCAUAUUUUCUCUUGAUGUGGUCAUUUCAGAGAGUAUAGCUGUAUUUGGGUUAUUCUGUUAAGUAAUACGGCAAUUAAGUCUAUGUACUAAUGCAUGCCAUUUAUUCCAUGUAACUGGAGGGUUUUUGAGAGGAUACGAACUAAAAAGAAAUGCAGAACAAGUUUGAUGUCAGUUUCACUUUCAUAUCUUUACUCUUGGUGUUGAACAAUUACAUAGCAGCACAGUCUUUCCAGUUGAGAUCUGUUCAUAGCAGUGCAGUUACUCAGAUAUGAACAGAAAUGCUAAAUUGAUCGACAAUAAUAACCGGUAAUGUAAACACUUAUAAUUACAUGGGAAUAGUACAAAACAAAUACAUUGACUGGAUUAAGGUUGGAUAAGAAGGGGGAUUACAUUUUAUUUAACCUUAUUUAGCAUAUGCUCUCUUCACAUUUACUGAAAUCAAUCACAUUUUCCAGACUCAUAGAAAAGUAGCAAUAAUACAGUAUUAAAUGCAGUAUACCGUAUAAAAUGAUUU